GAAGUCACGUGACCGGGGAAAAAGCUGAUCGCUGUGUCUGGGAGCUUGUUAGUGUUUCUGGGUCCUCGGGAAACAACAGCGAACCGGGACCAGGACCUACCGCGGGUACCGAGCCCAGCCCUCACGGCCGGUACCGUAUCAGAUCAGACUAUCCCUCAUCCUGGAACCCCGACACCGGCACCCAGGUACACUCACACCACCUCCCAGAUAUAAACACCGAGCACAGCCCCCAUUACACACACACCUGCCCCCCCCUACACACUGCCCCCCACACACCUGCCCCCCUACACACUGCCCCCCCUACACACUGCCCCCUACACACACUGCUCCCCUUACACACCCUGCCUCCUACACACUGCCCUACACACUGCCCCCCAUACACACUGCCCCUACACACUGCCCCCUGCCACACACCACUGCCCCCUACACACACACACACUGCCCCCUACACACUGCUCCCCCCACACUGCCCCCCCCUACACGCCCCCCCCCACACGCCCCCUACACCUGCCCCCCCCACACACCGCUGCCCCCCACACACCCUCCUGCCCCCCUACACACUGCCCCCCACACACACUGCCCCCCACACUGCCCCCCCUACACACUGCCCCCUACAUACCUGCCCACCCCCUACACACUGCUCUCCCCUACACACUGCCCCCCACACACGUUGCCCCCCUACACCCACUGCCCCAUACAACCCGACCGACCGACUGUAUUAUACUGUGUUGUUAUUAUUAUUAUACUGUAUUAUUCUGUCAUUAUUAUGAUACUAUUAUACUGUUAAUAACACUGUAUAACAAUACAGAAUAAUAACAAUACAACAAUAACACUGUAUAAUAUUAAACUGUUAUUAUACUCUGUGCGCUGAUUAUUAAUUUACAUUCCUUGUGAGUAAUGUCACUUAAACUCACAUACCGAGCAUGCCAUCCUGUAACCAGCAUACUGCCAACACCCAUACUGAACUGUCAGUAUACUCCUUGUGCCCAAUAAUGACUCACAGCCCUAGCUGUCAUUCCCCAACACCCAUACUGAACUGUCAGUAUACUCCUUGUGCCCAAUAAUGACUCACAGCCCUAGCUGUCAUUCCCCAACACCCAUACUGAACUGUCAGUGUACUCCGUUUUGACAGCCCAACACCCAGACUGAGCUAGCUGUCAAUAUACUCCUUGUACUAAUGACAGACACAGCCCAACAUCCAUACUGAGCUAGCUGUCAGUAUACUCGUUGUACUCAGUAUUGACAGCCCAACACUCAUACUGAAUUGUCAGUGUACUCCUUGUGCUCAAUAAUGACCGGCACAGCCAAACACCCAUACUGAGCUAGCUGUCAGUAUACUCCUUGUACUCUGUAAUAACAGACACAGUCCAACACCCACACUGUACUAGCUUUCAGUAUACUCCUGGUACUCUGUAUUGACAGACACAGCCCAACACCCACACUGUACUAGCUGUUAGUAUACUCCUGGUACUCUGUAUUGACAGACACAGCCCAACAUCCAUACUGAGCUAGCUGUCAGUAUACUCCUUGUACUAAUGACAGCCCAACAUCCAAACUGUACUAGCUGUCCAUAUACUCCUUGAACUAAUGACAGCCCUACACCCAUACUGAGCUAGCUGUCCCUAUACUCCUGAUACUCUGUAAUGGCAGGCACAGACCAGCACCCAUACUGCACUAGCUGUCAGUAUACUCCUUGUACACAGUAAUGACAGACACAGCCCUAUGUGACAUUGUCACACUGCACUUAUUGUACGUGGAAUUACAAGUACAGCUCUUAUGAAUUAUACCAGAUAUGACUAUCUUCAACACUCCUAUAGUUCUCUGAAACUCCAUAUAUGCCCUCUGUGCAAUAAUAUAGGAUAUAUCUAUAGGUCCUCAAUAUACAUAUACUGCAGUGCAACUUGUACCCAAUAUUGGCUACAUAAUAAAAACAACCCAGAAUGUCAUUUUCUUAAUAAGUUCAUGUGUUUUCUCCGUAUAGACUCCUGUCCGUAAUCACAACCAAAUAUGCAGUUUUCUAAUAUGCAUAUUCAGAUUUGUAUUUUUUUAGAAGGUGGUUUUUCUUGGAAAGAUAGAUAUUUCUCUCAUUUACAGUGUAUGGCUUGUAAACCAUGGUCUAAUUGGUUUAGACCCAUAACAUACACAAAACAUAGGUAACCAUUAGCAGUGCUGAAUGUUUUGCUUGGAAAUUAAAUUCUUGUCAGAGGUUGACUUGUGGAAGAUUUGGUGGUUUAAUUGAAGGUCAUUCCAUAGUUGCAAAGAUCUGUAUUAGAAGGCUGAAUGAUUGACUUUCUUGUUGUAACCGGGAAUGAAGCUUAGGGUUCUGAAAGUGGCUGUUUGCAUAUUGAGGCUGUGGAGAGCAAGAUAGAAAAUGUUUGGGUAGUGUCAGUGUUUUCUGGAGAAGUGAUUAUGACCCAGUUAAGGUUAGUAAAGAUACGUUACUCAUUUUAGUUGUUUUAACAAUCACAAUGAUGGGUCAAGGAAUAACUUUGAAUGAAAAAUAAACUAUAAAUUUUAUCGUGUUGAGUUUACCGAGAUGGAUAUUAAGUGAAGAUUCAUACCUGUACAUUACAUUUUGUACUACAGUUUUCUUUAACCACUGUAAUAUUUCUUUUGAAUAAUACCCAGUGUAAACACAUCAUUUCCUUGAAACUCACACUGGCAAACUGUUCACUAAUUAGCCACAAUCGUGUAGGUUCCCCUCAUGCUGCCAAAAUAGCUUUAAAGCAUUGUGGCAUGGACUCCACAAGACCUCUGAACGUGUCCUGUGGUAUCUGGCACCAAGACAUUUGCAGCAGAUCCUUUAUGUCUUGCAAGUUGCGAGGUGGGGCCUCCAUGGAUUGAUUUGUUGUUCCAGCAUAUCCCACAGGUGCUUAAUCGAAUUGAGAUCUGGGGAAUAUGGAGACUAAGGCAACACAUUGAACGAUUUUGUUGUGUUCCUCAAACCAUUCCUGAACAAUUUUACAGUGUGGCAGGGUGCAUUAUCCUUCUGAAAGAGUCCAUUGCCAUGAAGAGGUGUACAUGGUCUGCAACAGUCUCUAGGAAGUGGUACGUGUCAAAGUAACAUCCACAUGAAUGACAUCCAAGGUUUCCCAGAACAAAGUGCAAUUUGACCCUUCAAAUAGAAGUCAUUAUUUGACACCAGGAAAAAUCUGACCUAAAAACUGCAGUUUGGAAACACUAUGAUGCACAUUCCGGAUAUAAGCCCGAAUGCUAAUAUGUUUCUGUUAAACACCCGCUGAGAAAUAUCCAAAUUCCAUGCAGAAUUUAAGAAUUUGAUUCUCAUUCUUCAGAAUGACAAAAUCUGUCAAAGUGGGGGCAUCUAGGGUUAAGUCCAAAUGUGCUGGUACGAUUUGUGUCCUUUUAGUUAUGCCACUGUGCAGCGCCAUGAAACCUCUUGUUUUAUAUAUAAAACCAAUUCUCUUUUCACAAGUUUGUGUCUGGAAUGACCCACAGGGAGACAUACUGCCCUCAUCUGUAGGUGUGACACGUGGAGCUCUGUUUUGUGCACUUUGCUCACCCUUCUAGGAAUUGUUGAGAAUUGACACUGCAAUUCCAAAGGAUCGAGCGAAACUGCCAACCAGGGAAGAAUAACCUAGCUGUAGGUUGCUUUGUUUUUUUUCCUACAAUUUGCAGCUCCCUUGUCAAAUCUAAACAAUUACUAACACGCAUGAUAAAGCCAUUUGCUUACACUCCCACUACACCUGGGCAGCAGCAAUGGCUACAGUAUUCACCAGCCCAGUUUUUAUUUUUUAUUUUUUUUUUAAAAUUUUUUAGCAUCACAUGAAUGGCCAUUGGAGCAAUACUCAUUAUUUAAAUGUGCAUAUGGAUUUGGGGUAGGGCGCAGGUAACUCUUUGUUUUUUGUUCUAUGUAUUUGGGCUCUUGUACACUGGAUCCAUUGGUGCUGCCCAGGGGUAGUAUGAGUUUAAGCACAAGGCUUCAUUUUGUAUGUUAGUAUUUGCUUUUGUGUUACACAGCCAUGUUGCAGUGCUGCCGUGUGUAGGGGUUCAUAAAAAUACCCCUUCAUGUGAUUUUUGCCCCUUUUAGCUGAAAGAAGCAAGGAACUGUUAGCGUAGGACUCCCAUAAGAGGUUUUGCCUUGACAUGGCAGAUAAGCUUACCCUUCAAUGGUCAUUGAAGUAAUAAAAAAAAAAAAAUAAACUUUAUUGAAAUGUGCAUAGCGAUUUGGCUUGGAGCUCGGGUAACUCUUUUUGUUUUCUAAUAAACACAAAUACCUUUUUAAUAAGAAAAAAAAAUACAUUCUGCUAUUCAUUUUCUCUCCUUUAUUCAAAUUCCGGACUGACUUAGUUAUUUAACUUUCUGGGAUACUCAUGAGUGGCUGAACCACAUGAGCAAGCACUUGUUGCAGAAACGUCUUACCGUGUAGUACUCUUAGUUUAUGGAUGGUUGUUUUGCUGUUUCAGGUAACAGAAUCUGUUUUUUAUUAAACACUCCACUGGUUUGUUGUGUUUGUGCAGCUUUAAGGGUUACUGAAGUCUGUCGUAACUUGAGAGAGCAGCCUUCGUGCAAUAAAGCACUGAUAUUUCUCCAGAUAUAUAUAUUAAGGUUUUUAUUUUGCUUUGUGUAUAACCAGUUAGAGGCAUUCAAAUAUAAAUCAUAAAAUAUUGAAUCUGCAGGGGGGAUUCAUUGAAGCUUAGAUGUUUCCAAUGACUUUUGCAAUCCGUUACCUGCAAUGUCAGUGCUACUUUUACUCAAGUGAGGUAUGUUAACACCUAAAUCACCAAUUACAAUGCGUACUAUUAAAAAAAAAAAAAAAAAAAAUUAAAAAUUUUUUGACCCUGUAACUUUACAAAACCCCAUGAAAUCUGUACAUUGGGGGCCUCGUUCUACCAAUGGAACAUCACAGUAUACAGAUGAGUGUUUUAUUACAGAAAAGCUAACCAUAUUAUGACACUCUUUUAAAUUGCCAUGCAGAACUUGGAAAAGAACAUUUCAUUUCUCACACUUUUUAUAUAUUUUUUAUUAUUAUUAUUAUUAUUAUUAUUAUUUUUAUUUGUUUUUCAUGUGAAAUGAAAGCCCGGUUUCUCCUGAACAAAAAGAUAUCGGAUAUAAAUGAGGUAAAUUAUGGUUGAACAGACAUAUAGCUAAAAUUCUAGGGUUUUGUUUUGGUCAGAAUGUGUCCAUUGGUCUCCAUCCUUAAGGGGUUAAUUGGUCACUUUUCAUGAUUUUCAGUAUGUAUCCAUGGCUUGAACUUUGGGCUGUGUUAUCAUCUAAAUUGCACAGUUUCUUCCAUGACCCGAGGCAGCGGUGAGGUCUCCAGUUGCAGUAGAUCCUGUUUUUAAGAAGUUUGCCACCUUUGUCCUUGUUAGACAGAAUAUGCACGAUUUUCGUCCCCUCUGUUCCUGGAAAGAAAACCUCUUCCUUCCCAUUGUAAUGACUACAGCACACACCCUGUGCUAUUCACAUACAUAGCACCUACCUACCCCCCACAUUCAGGGCUUUUCUAAGCCAAAAUAACCCUUCCUCCUCUGUUGGUCUGUGAUCCAGCCCCAAGCACCCAUUCCCCCUCGUCACCAGUGUUCUAGACACACUUCGUUCAGCUGAUCUAUCCAUUCUAUUGCAAACUGCUAAACCCGUAACCUUGUGUUUGAAAAUGUACGUAAUGUUCUUAGUGCAGCAAGUAUAUAGGCUGGGUUACUGCCUAUUGAUGACUAAUUUUACAUAUUUAUUUUAUUUAUUUAUUUUUUCUUCAUUUUUGCUUUCGCAGUUGUCAUGUGAACACCGCUCGUCCUGAAAGGCUGUAAGAUGUAUUCGCCUUUUUCUCCGGAUAAUGAAUCCGGAGCCCGAGAAGUGAGACAGGUAAACUGAAAAUGUUUAUGGUUUAUGAUAAUAAAGUGACUGUAACGAGAGCCCAUUUUAUUAGAGAGUAAACUGUAACAUGAUGUGUGCCAUCAUGGGUUUCACAUCUGUCUGUUGCUUUACAGUUAUGUUUGAAAUGCAACUCCUGUGCUGCUCAGCCAGAAGCAAACCUUUUAUGAUAAUUGCAGCGUGCCAUUGGAAUGGUAUUUCUACCACAUCUUCAGUUUCUUGCUGAUUUACCUCAGAUCAAACUCGAAAACAAGUUUGGAAUUUUAUCAAACUUGGGCCACAAUUUAAUAUUACUGGAUGAGCUUUAAAAAAUGAUUUAAUAUUUAUUUAUUGAUAGCUGAUUUGUUUGUUUUUUUUCACCUUUGUUUUUAUUGAGGAAGAUUAAGAGUACAAUGAUUUAAUAUAUUUUAAUAAACUUUUUUGAAAUUAUCUUUUUAAUAUUAAAAUGUCAAACAUGUAAAAAAAUAAAUUAAAAAAAAUAUUUUUCAAAAUAUGAAAUAUUUUUUUUAAAUUUAGCCAAAAGUAUGAAAUAAAAAAAAUAAAAUAAAAAAAAAUAAAAACUUAGCCAACAAUAUUUUGUCAUAAGACUCUCAGGUCUCUGAAAUACCAGAGCUAGGGCUAGACCUUUGCUUCUAUUAUGGAAGCAAUUUAUUUUUACAGCUUACCUGGAGGGGUGAAAAGAAAUAACAAGCAUUUCUUUCCCUUUUUUUUUUCUGCUCACUAAAACCUGUUCCUUUCAAUCUUAAAGCAAACAAGGAGUCUCUGUUGUUAAACAGUGAGAGACACUCUCGGUGUUAAUUAUUAAAGUGUAAAUUGUCAGGGAUUCAAACAGAAUUUUAAAACCUAGCUCUCUUGGGGAAUCUUUCCUGUUCUGCUGUUUUGUCCUUUAGUUCAUUUUGAAUUCCUGACUAUUAUCACUUUAUUGGAAAAAUCUAACUGAUCUGAUUCUCCGAAUUGGAGAAUUGAAUUGCUGAUACACUUGUUUUUUUUAAAUUUAUUAUUUAUUAUUUUUUGUUGUUUUGGUGUGUGUGAAAAUUGCCUUUUGUUACACCAGGAGCCUGGUUACACGAUUCUAAUUUUGUUGCAAAAAGUAGAUUUUUAUUUAUUUUUAUUUUUUAUUUUUAUAUAAAUGUGUAAAGAUGUGCUUGUAAAGGCGUUAAAAAUAAAUUGCAUGAAUUAGUAAGGCGUGUAAAAAAAGUGUUCAGUGUAAAAGGUUUAAAAAAAAAAAAAAAAAAGUAACACUUUUUUUAUUUAAUGCAUUAUGACUUGGUUGCCAUUUAACAAAAUAAGUUAGCAGAGCUAAAUUUUAUUCUGCAACAGUUUUAUAAAGGCCUACUGAUUUAUCCACUAAACACCGCCUUUCUCCAAGUAGUGAUGUUGAAAAACAGCUUUUGUGGGUCGGGAAUAAAAUACGUAAAAUGAAGCUCUAGCUCUGUUUCGUAAUUUAAUAUAGGGUGUAGUAUAUCGUAAAGGUUCUGUACACGUAUACCUUUAUUUUGGGUGGAGGCAUUGCCAGGUGUGUAUGUUCUGUGUAAUUAAAAAUGCAAAGAACGCUAAACUAGUUAAUUUCACAGGAUUAGACCAAACUUCCCCCAGCCCGUCUAGUAUUUAAUAAGGAGUUUUAACUGUCUCUUAGCAAAUGUGCUAGUUCUGAAAUGGUGUGAAAUAUGAGUGCUGGCAGUACCACCUCUAAAAUAGACAUUCUGCAUGAGCAAACAAAAGGAUCUGAAGUGUGAUCUACUCCCCAUUGUUCUGCUGUUUUUUCAAUUCAGGCUUCCUGCUUUGUUUUAAUUCCUCCUGCCUCUGAGUUCUUUGCAUGUGAUUAUAGCUACCGCCCACCCAGCCUUCCAGAUAAACUACUGCCAUCUGUCCUGUUUGUCUGACCAGUCAACUGAUAUCGCCAUUAAUCUCCUCUAACUGUUCUAACAACCCAGCUGCUGAACAAAAAGUGGUAUUUUUUCCGAAUCUAGAACAGUGCGAGUAAACUUUCUAUUCCAUUGAUUAUGGGGAUGUAGUAUAUGCACCUGCAUCGCAAUCCCACAUUAAUAAAAUCAACACAUUGUAUAACUCGUUCUGCCGAUUUGUGCUACAGUGGAAUUACAGGACCCACCAUUGUGACAUGCUAAAAGAACUAAACUGACUGUUGCUGGAAUCCAGACACCCCCUUCAUCUUUCCAGCCUUGUGUUUAAGAGCUUUUCAGGCAAGCUCCCACCCUACCUGAGCAGAAUGUUCUCCUCAGCUGUUCCCACCUCCGAUCCAGUACCAGCACUUUACUUAGUCUAACUCAAUACAAAAAGAAAGCAGCCCGAUCCUCCUUCUCCUACAGAGCACCGCAAUUGUGGAACGACCUCCCGCACAAUUUAAAAUCUUCCCUAAGCCUAAAGUCCUUUAAGAGAUCCCUCUCUACAUACCUCAAAACUGAAUGCACCUGUCAUGGUUGAUUAUAUAUUUCCUCCCUGCUCUGUUAUGUUUUGUAUAUAUUGUGUAGUUUUGUGAACCCAGGACAUAAUUUAAAAACAAGAGAAAUCUCAAUGUAUCUUUCCUGGUAAAAUAUUUUAUAAAUAAAUAUUCUGAUCAUUUUAAAACUUACUCCAACCCUUUAUUAUUGUUGGUUUAAUUUUCUUAAUUACCUAAUUGACUGAUCCUCAGUUAAGAGGUGUCGUUCCUUCCCCCCACCGAAUUAAAAUGAAAAUUCUAUAAAAUAAAAUUGAAAAUGAACAUGAAACUGCUACCCAUCCGACAUCUGGCUGCAUCAGUCCUUCCCUGUCUGUGGCUAAUCAAAUGUUCUCAUAGAGAUUACCAUAAUUUCACUGGCUAAAGGGACACUAUAGGCACUCAGACCAGACUUCCAUCUCAUUGAAGUGGUCUGGGUACAGUUUCCCUAUUGUUUACAUUGCAGCACUAAAUCAGCCACUUGAGGGCUUCCUGGAUUGAAACGGACCAUUGGUCUGGUAUCUGACGCUGAAUGUUCUCACGCUGUGCAUGAGUACCUCCAGCGUCAGAUUUUUCCCCAUAGGAAAGUGUUGAUUCAGUGCUUUGGUACGGGGAGGCCUAAUGCACAUACGGCACUUGUGGGGGGAGGGCAGAGGGAGUGCUAGUGCCAGGAAUACAGCUUUGUAUUUCUGGCAUUAUAGUAUCCCUUUAAGAAUGUGGCACAUACAGACUCCUAUCACCAUAACCGCUAAAAUUAUCAUGAUGGUUGGAGUAACAGUUGGUUACAAUUUCAUGUUUUUUUUUUUCUCACUAUAUUCGAGACCCUGUCCUACCUGCUUUACAUCCCGGGUAAAUCGUUAGAUUCCCAGUUUGAAAGAAAUGUUUGUGCACAAGUUUAAGUCUAAGCUCAGUUACACAGCAUAGCACUCCACCCUGUCUAUCCUCCAAACUUGUCUCCAUUGCCUGCGCUAAGUCAUUUUCACUUUCCAUUUUAUGAAUACCAGAUGUCAUACUUUAAAUACUGCAUACCUCACGCUUGCUUGAGCAGGGUGCUCUUGUUCCUGCUUGUUAAACUUUAUUUGUCACUCCUGUACAGUGCUAUGGCAUGUGGUUAUCUUUUAUAUAUAUAUAUAUAAUAUAUAUAUUUCUCACUUAAUCUUUACCCCUUUUAAUAACCACAUGAUGGUCUCGGAUUUUCCUACUAUCAAUUAUGUUGCACUCCCUUUUUGGGGCAGUAGGGGAGCAUGCUCUGCUAUACUGGCUGAACUUAUACAGUACAUCUGCUAGGAAUUUUGCUGCAGGCUAUUGGCAUAAUAAAAGCACGGCGUUCCUGAGUCUCAGAGGAGUAUGGAAUGUCGUUUAAAAAAAACAAAAAAACUGACUCUCUAAGUCUAUCUAUUUUAAGGUUUUACUUUGUGAGCAAUCAUCAUGUUUUAGUAUUUAAAGUCUAAUGAUAUUUUCUGUCUGAUCUUUGUCUAUCACAGAGGAUCACCAAGAAGUUAUCCAGCUGUAUCCGGUCUCUCCAGAUUCGCUAUAUCACAACAGAUGAUGUGGUCACCAGCGAAGACGACGAUGCCAAUGGCCUCUGUAUAGCCUUGGAAGCGGUUUUCAUUCAUGGACUGAAACCCAAGUACAUUAAACGAGGUGGCAGAAACAGAGGCACCCACAUACCCAUACCCCAGCCAGCUUUCUGGGCCCUUUUAAAGGGCAUCACACAUCGGUCAGUCAAUAUACCUUUUCCCUUAGAGUUGUCUAAAAGAAGUGGUAAUUAUUUUUCUUCUAGAAUUUGGAAGUCACUGAUGUUAGACACGCGAGAGAGCUAAAUCAUAGACAAAAGACUCUGUUGGCAAGAGCUGUUAUACAGUCAUUAAAUGGUUUUAAAAUUUGAUGUAUAUAUUCCGUUAUCUAGAUACAAAUCAAGUGAUCUUUAUAUAUGAUUGUAAUGCUAGUAUUUUGUAAUGUUCAGUGCAGAUCUUUCCUCUGUUUAUUACAGAUAAUGCCUCAUUGUCAGAAAUGUCAUUUUUAAAGAUAAGCGCUUAGUUUUUUUCUUUCUGUGCAUUUGAUAAGAUGCGCUUGUUUUUCUUGGGGGGGGGUUUGACAAUUUUUUUUUUUUUUUUUUUAUUUUCAUCAUUGCUAAUAAGACAGUGUGGUUUAUUUUGAAAUAGUGAAAUAGAAGCAUUUUACAUACAGUUAUUAAGUUAACCAGUAGCUUUGCAUAUCCACUUCCAAAAUGUAAGCCCUCAUUCCUGUGUGCGCUGUGAGUGCUGUUUUCUACUCUGGAAUCAUUGCCAUCUCCAUGCGUGUUGGCUGGAGGUGAUAAGAUGCAUUCUAAUGUAGUUUUCUUUGUUACAAGAUAAAUCUUGCUGAGAUCACAGUAAUGACUGCUACAUUUUAAAUCUCCCCCACCACUUUUCAUAUUUCACCUCUAGAAUUAUUUUAAAGGAAAUAUCUGUUAGGAAUGCAAACAUGUAUCCUAUUGACCUAUUUGGAUUAAGGGCACCCACCCCCCCUAUUGACCUAUUUGGAUUAAGGGCCCCCACCCCCCCACAGACGUAAGCAAAUAAGAUUUAUUUUCUUGCUUUAUUAGCUAGUUUGGCCGCAGCUCUUAAUCUCUCUGAUUCUUCACUAAAGUGAAAAUUUACAGUGAAUUAAGUCAAGGUAAUAGCUAUCUCUCCGUAAAAUGUUAAAUUCACUUUGAAUUCUCACCUUAGUGAACAACCUCAUUCGAUAAACCUCCCUCUCCCCUGCUUUUAUAUCUCUGUGCAGGUGCAUACUUCACUUGUUAACUCUAGUCCAAAAGUAUCUGAAAAUACUAUCUGUUAGGUUUCAUCCAUGAACACGCAAGAAAGUCAGUGUAGGAAGAACUAGUGUUUGAAAAAUAUGGUAUAGGUUCAAUGCUGCUUUCUUCUGACAAGUUCUGUAUUAAGCGCACCAUUUUUUUAAGGGAGCCAUAACACCAAGCACAAAGCCACUGGCCGGUCACCCUCCUAGUUUGAGUAGUCAAACCAUUUAAGAACAGUUUGACAAUCUUCCUGGGUUCUGCUUGUUGCCGUCUCCUCCUCUGGAGCCUUGCUCGUUGGCUGAGAGCAUCGGCUGAGACCUGCACGAUUGGACUAAGUUCAUUGCGGCAGUGGAUGAGGUUGGCCCAGGUUCGUUAUCAAACCAUACUUAAACAGUUUGACUAAUAACACUGGGAGGGCAUCAGGGCAUCCCUACCACCAUAACAACUGCAGUGGGAUGUUGUAGUUAUUGAGAUUGGCGUUUUCCUUUACGUAAAUGUAUUGGUAAUUAUUGUGUCACCUAAUGGUAAUUACGCUUUCACUUAAGAAGUUCUAAUAGAAGUUACGUUUUUAAGCAUAAACAGCCAUAUUGAAAGAAAAUAAAAACCGUUUUCCAUUUAGCUACUAAACUAAAAUUUGACAUUAUUUACAUCCCCCCACUCCCCCAUAGUACAGUCUAUAGUGAAUAACUCUGAUUUGGGAGUGCCAUUUACAGAAAUUGUGAAUGACAAGGUCACCUUCAAUGUAAUCCAAAUACUGUUCUAAUGAAAAAAAUGUAGGUCACAUUAUAUGCAAUACCUGACAUUUGCUUCUUGGUCUGAGAUUGAGCUGCAAGUGUUGUAAGGUGUGUGCUUGCAUGUACCUCUAGAGCAAGGGCUUAGAACAGUUAUAGAUCUCUUUUGUAGUCCCAAAUGUUUUGCCAAUGAUGCUGCCUGAGCAUCGUGGGAAAUGCAGUUCAGCAAUAUGUGGAGUUCAAAGGUUAGCAGUCACUAACGUAGAUAAGUAUGUGUGUUUGCCUUCGCUGUGUGAGAUUGUCAAAUGUUAGCAUGUCUCUUGCAUGAUCAUCCACUUUAGGUUCAACUAUUUGUGCAAUCAACUUCUUUCACUUCCCAAAUAAUCUUUUUUGUUUUUUGUCACUGAAGAUAAUUUUGUUUUCCUGUUCAAAUUAACACUAUAGGAUCAGGAAUGCAAACGUUUGUGUGGCUGUUUAGGUGACUGGCCCCUCUCCGAUUGCGCUGAAAAGGUGACUCUACGUAGCUGGCUCUGCCUCCAUAGCUGAGAUCGUCAAUCUUUAUGAUCUCAGCCAAUACAAUGCUUUUCCGUAGGAAAACAUUGGGAGGCUGCACCAUCUCCUCAUAAUAAUGCAUUUAAUCAUUGCAUCUCUAUGAGGAACGUUCAGUGUGUCCCCACGACUGAACACCAGUAAUGCCCUAAGAUAGGGAGCACCUCUAGCGGCCAUAUGAGUGACUGCCACUGCCUUUUCUCUGAAGUGUUUACAUUGAAAAUCCUGCAGUGACAGACUAUCGACACCAGAACUAGUGUUUCUGGUGACUAUAGUGUCCAUUUAUGGUUCAUUCCAAACACCAUAACCACUACACACUUGUAGUUAUGGUGCUAUUAGGCAGUACAUGCAACCAAACCGUUUGUUUGUUUUUUUUUAAACAUGGUUUUGUAGUGACUUGUCUCCAUUGACUUUCUCCUAUAUCCUUGAUGUGUUUGCAACAUUUCUAUUGCAAGCCUAAAUUUUAAUCUCAAUGCCAUCUGUUUUCCUUUUCUGCAGCAAUGUUAUUAAGGAAAUUGAAAAUGUGCCUUUUCUGAGCACCGAUGUGGGUAGGUGUCGCUCGUGGCUACGUAUCGCUCUCAAUGAAGGUCUUGUGGAAUGCUAUUUCAUCACAUUGCGAAGAGAGAAGAGUCGGCUGAUGGACUUUUACCAACCAUGCGCUUUGCUGUUGGAUGCCGAAGAUUGUGAUGUGGUGCUGAGUUACCUGCAGGGUUUAUCUGCUUUGCCUUUCAAGCUGUCCUAUAAAUCCGCUCUUCUAUGUGAGUGGACAACCACCCCGCUUAUUUUAUCUGGACUCUGGGUAGAAGAUGUCCAACAUGUGGAAGAAACUCCAGAGUCUCUCAAUAGGCGAAAAUCUUUGGAUUCCAUGUCUCAGUCAUCCAGCUCUGAUGAUACCAACAGUUCCAUGCUACAGCAAAGUAAGGAGACCAAUGAAUCUUCUUCGAUCAAUAUGGACACCAACAGUUCGUCAUCUCAACUGUCCUCCAGCGCUGGCUCUGACGGACAAGUCAACGAACAAGCAGGCACAACUCCUGUAGAACCUAGGAGUCCAGAACUCUCCUCCUGUGAAGCAGACACAACAGAGACAGAAGAGUCCCAAAAAUCUCAGUCAGAGUGAGUUUGUAACUUGAUCAUUUUUAUUUGUAUUUCUUAUACACAGGCCAUGCUACCCAGUGCUUGAAUUAGCAUUAUUAGCUUUUAUUUAUCAACCAUUCCUCUCUGGCUGUGCAAAGAAUUUAAUAACUGUAUGCAAGAAAUGAACGCACAAUGCAUUGUUAAACCUGCAAUACAGUGACUUGCUGGCCUCACUGUCCAUCUUCUAAUGAUAUAAUGUAUUAUAUAUUUUUUAUGGAAAAACAAGCUUAUUUAUAAGCACAUGAUGCUGCUGUUUGAAUGACAGAGCCGCUUACUCAUUAGUUAACUUCUCAUCAAAGCCAGAUGUAUUUUUAUUAUUACAGAAAUUAUUGCACUUAAAAAGUACACUGUCGUCAAAAAAAAACUUAUUUAUUUUUUUCCGAAUUGUUGUAGUCAUUUAUAUCAAUUUAAAGAUCAUAUUUGGUACAACCUUAACACUCUUAUGUAUUGCAAUUAUUCUUUUUUUCUAUGUUUGCUUUUCUGAAAAGUGCCAUUCUGAAUGGUGACAAAUGACACACAUUUUAGUAAUUAUGCAAUUUUAUUCCUCGGUAGAGGACUGGGGCAAGAGUAGUCCAGGCACCAUAACCACUCCAGCGUGCUUUAGUUUUUAUAGUGCAGUGGAGUGUCUCUUUAACUGAAAUGUUGCUUUUUAAAGGGAAACUAUAAGCAACACAACCACUGUUUACAGCUUGGUGUAGUGGUUAUGUCCCCUACAUUCUCUGAAUGUCAUUCUGCUUUUAUAUCAAACCAUUGCGAGGUGGUUUGUCUCCCUGUCCUCUGCUGCCUUGAUAAUGUGGUAUAACACUUUCUCAUUAUCCACAUAUUGAUUUUCAUAUAGUGAAGUGUCCGAGGGACAGGGGAGUAUUUUUCUGAUACCACGGAGAGCUGUGGUUUUGUGAAACCACUUCUAAAAUCUUGAAACUUGAUUCUUUAAAACUUCAGACUUGAUUUUUACAGGGUUAUUUAAUAAUGUGGGAAUUCAAAGUGAGUUUCAAAUAUACAGCCAAGGUAACCAAGCGGAGUACAAAAUUGACUUGAACAGUUUAGUUUUUUUGUUUUUUUUUCUGAAACCGCUAUUUUGACAUAUACAAUUUUUAGAUCAACUUUGAAUUCACUGUGAAAAUUCUUAUUUUAAUGUAUAACCCUGUUACUAUUUUAUUAUUUGAGAUUAAGCUCUACUAAAGCACAUCUGUUGGUAAAGCAGCAGUAUAUAACCGAAUACAAAAACAACUCAGCCGGGAUAUGUAAAAUAUUAUGAGAAAAAUUGAAUGUGCUAAUAUUGCAUAAUAUUACAGUAACUUGUCAUGGUCAUGUACAUGGUGAGAACUUCCCUUUUCAUAAACCUAAUACGACUUCUUAGUUUGUAGUUUUAAAAGAAUAUAUAUUAUUUAUAAGUGUGUGUAUAUAUGUGUGUGUAUGUAUGUAUAUGUGUGUGUGUAUACAUACAUACAUACAACACUGUACCUUGCACUCAAACUCCAAUUCCCAGACCGGGUGCACUCCCAGGGCUCCAAAUAUCCAGCUGAUUAUAUCAAAAGGUUGCACUCACGGAUUUAGUAAAAAAUAACUUUUAUUCAGUAUUCUUAAAAAAAAUCGACGUUUCAGUCCUACUUGAGGACUUUCAUCAGGAUUAUAUGAACCAUUUAAUAUAAAGUUCAUAUAAUCUUGAUGAAAGUCCUCAAGUAGGACUCAAACGUCGAUUUCUUUUUUUUUAUUUUUUUAGAAUACUGAAUAAGUUAUUUUUUACUGAAUCUGUGAGUGCAACAUUUUGAUAUAAUCAGAUAUAUAUUAUAAUUGUAUUUAUUUUUUUGCAAUGCUUAAACACAAUUUUUCAUUUCGAUUCUAGUAUCUCCUCCUCCUAUAUUAUUAUUAUUAUUAUUAUUAUUAUUAUUAUUAUUAUUGCAAUUUAUUUAUAUAGAAUGUGCCCUAGGUGGUCCAGGACUGAAUUGGAUUGUGGCACAAUUUACUAAAUCAUUACAUCUGAAAUGUAGUCUAGAAUUAUCCUUUCUACAGUUAGAGGUGUGAGUUUGCCUUAAAAGGACACUGUAGGCACUUAAAACUUUGCAAAGGAAUAGUAGUUUCCAACUUUAAAGGGACAAUAUAGUCACCAAAACAACUUUUACUUAAGGAAGCAGUGUUACUGUAUAUAUCAUGAUCCUGUAGUCUCACUGUUCAGUUAUCUGCCAUUUAGGAGUUAACUCAGUUUGUUUCUGAACCCUAGUCACACCUCCCUGCAUGUGACUUACACAGCCUUCCUAAACACUUCCUGUAAAGUCAUCUAAUGUUUACACUUCCUUUAUUGCAAAUUCUGUUUAAUUUAAAAUGUCUUACCUCCUGCUGUUAAUAGCCCACUAGACCCUGCAGGAGCCUUCUGUAUGUAGUUAUAGUUCAAUUUACAGAGCAAAACAUAUAAAGAAAGUCUAAGAUCUUAUUGACAAAGAAAUCAUUUUUCAUGCAGGCUGUGUCAGUCACUGACAGGGGAGGUGAGGCUAGGGCUGCAUAAACAGAAACGAAAAGGAACUUACCUCCUAAAUGGCAGAGAAUUGAGCAGUGAGACUACAGUGGCAUGAUCUAAUAAUGCAAAAAGCUGCAGAAUACGUUUGUGCUAUAUAAAUGCCAGUAGUAAUAAUAUACACCAAAAUUGCUUUAUUAAGUGUCUAUAACAGAUGUUCAAAAAUAAAGCUAUGCUGCACACAGGACACAAAAUUGUAGAAGGGAGUAGCAGGGCUACAACAUCGGGACAAUAUGACAAAGACCCACAAAAGGUUGUUAGGAGAAGCAACACAGUCAUCACAAAGUUACUUUAUUGGAUCAUAUGAAAAAGGGACACGGACAAGGACAUUCGCUUCACUUACUGAGUACCAAGAAGGUCAAAACACUGGUGGGUUUGCUGUUUUUAGACCCAAAGGAGACCAACCUGCUUUUUGGAUUUAGACUGCCCUUGCAAAUAGAAUGGCAUCAGUAAUAUGCAAAUGUUAAACAUACUUUCUACCUCUCCCUUUUUUUGACCCGAGCUUACAUUGUCUGUGUUAGUGUUCUUUUAGAUUAUGCAACCUAUUCCUUUUGCCAGCAACAAAGUCAGUGCGUCAUUUCUCCACUGCUAGAAUUCCUGUAUUUGUUCAAAGAUUACAAGCAAUGCUGUGACGUUAUCAGAAUAACCCAUAUUGGAUGUCAGGGAGCCAGCAUGCUCCGUACAGUGGAUUUCAUUGUACAUUGGGAGAAAACAAAAGUGAUCAAAGGCUCAAUGAGUGGGGUAAAUGUAAGGGGCGGGGGGAUCUUUUUAAAUACUUUUUUCAAAUAUGUCUCUAUUUUCUAUGGCAAAUGUAAAACCAAACUAAAACUUAUUAUUAUUAUUAUUAUUAUUAUUAUUAUUAUUAUUAUUAUUAUUAUUAUUAUUAUUAUUUAUAUAGCGCCAUCAGAUUCGGUAGUGCUGUACAAUGGGUAUACAAGUGUAGCUUGUAUUGUUCAAAGAUGGUUUUAGAAUUUAUACCAGUGAUUAAUAUAUUAGGUAAAAGGUUGUCAAGACAGACUUUAACAUGCAAACAAUGUAAUGUUUCUCUUUCUCUUCCAAAGGGAUGUUGAUCUUUUUUCCCCGGGAUCCGAUAAAGCUUUUUUUAGUCCCAUACUAAGCAGUUCCUUCCAUGAAACCAUCCGAAUCGGCACGGAGAAGUUGAAAUCACUUUAUCAGAAAUGUGAAAGCAAAAUUGCGGAGAACAAAAAUCCUCAGUCAACUACUUCAUUAAAGCCAGAGCCUGAAAAUCCACUUACAUGUGCUAAUGAAACGCCUUCGACUUGUGAAACCUCUGCAUUGAAAGCCCUGCCCACCAAACCCCUCCGUGAUCCCAUCAGCGUUUCUAGUGAGGCGGUCUGUAACUAUGGAAAGAGCUUGCUACUCGAACCUGAGCCUUGUCCUUUUGUUGCUGAAAUCCCAGUGAGUACCGGAUUUUUCAUGAGUCAGCUACCAUAAAUAUUUUAAAGGAACACUCAAAGCACCAUAACCACUGCUGUUCGAUGUAGUGGUUAUUGUGCCAGGGCUUCCCUGGCGCACUCCUCCUUUUGUAGGGAAACAAUACUUUUUUGGAGUGGUUUGAUUUCUAACCUGUGAUCUUCUGGGUGCUGCUCUCCGUUUAGAGCUAAACCUGGUGUUGCAGGACAAUCAGCUGAUGCUCUCAGACACUGAGCAAUCCUACAAAAGCUCCUCAGCAGCAGGUUCCGGCUCUCCUGGUUGCUCAGAGAAGGCGGCGAGAGGUGCUAGGGAGACCUUCAGUAAGAAGCCAAGCGUUCUAAGACUGUAUGACUAAUAUUCACCACAGCAUGCAGUAAUGGUUAUGGCACUUGGAGUGUUCUAACAUGCAACUUUCUUCGAGAUUUAUAUGCAAGUGUUGUGUAGAGGUAAAGCAAAAAUCCUUUUUGUAGUGCAAAAGCUUUUUAUUUUUGAGAGUGUGCGCCCAAAUGUCACUGUUCUUGCAGGAGUGCAUUGAGUCUUUAAUCUCAUGAACAUUUAAGAGAUUAUACUUUUCAUCUAUUUACGCUAUAGUAAGUUUAACGUUAAAUGUUACCGUUCAGUAUAGAGGGUUAUUUUUAAACCCUUUAAACUGAAGUUACCUUGAUCGUGAGGCUCAAAGAUGAUUACUCAGAAAUAGUAUGCAACCAGCAGCCAUUCAGAACCCGAGUGUUCCUCAGUUGAGCUGAUUAGCUCCUAAGCGACUUAUUGCAAGAGCGUUUCAAUAAAUUACAUGUUAAAGCUUGUCCUUGAACAUAAGAAGCAGAACUUUUCUCUUGGUUAGAAGCUGCAUCUGGUUUAUGCUUUGUUUUUGUUUUAUUUAAAAGUCUUUCUUUACUUGUCCCCAGAAAAGCGUUAGUUGGAUUACAGAAGAUGACUUGGAUAUACCAGUGGUAGACCUGGCUAUUAAGCUCUCAGAUCAAGAGAAUCAUCAGCUCAGAGCAGCCUUCGAAGUCAUUCACAGACGGCGACCAGGUACGGGAAAUAUCAAAUAGUGGAUUUUUAUUUUUAUUUUUUAAUCUGAACUGAGCUAUUCAUGAUUAGUACAAAUGGAAUUCUGCUGAUAAUUUGCACAAUGUGUGUUAAAUAUGCACUUUUUUCUACAGGUGUCCCUAACCCUUUCCAAGGUCUUAUGAUGAUGGGUUACCUGGAACGUAGGAAUGCCUUGGGUUUGUACAAGAGUUUCCAUUGUGAGCUAACGGUCUACGAACUUCGGAUCUUUAUUAGUGAAGAGGAGAGGCUAUGCUUAGAAAACUGUACCCUGCUAAAGUGUGAAUCAGUGGGACCCGCCCAAAGCGAUGGGAGAUUUGAGUUGCAUUUUCCUGGUAGAAAGUUAUGCUUGCGGGCUUCUUCGCAAGACGAGGCACAGGACUGGGUGGAAAGGAUUGAAGAAGCUAUACACAUAUUGCGACCCAACAAAGAUGAGAUUUGGGAGGUUUUAAAAAGACCAGAUUCCCCAGAUCUCCCAAAAAGCAGAACAUCUUCCACUGAUGAAAGUCUACCUUCAUCUGAGGUGUUUAAUUGGAUUUCUCCAUUUGAAGUGGAGCUAGAUGCACAGAAAGAGGCUAUUCUUUACAUGAAAAUCCAAAAAAGGUGGACACAGUUCAUUUUUUCUUUAUCCGAGCGAGUCUUGCGGUGCUUUAUACCCAAACCCUCAGAGAAAGCGUUAUUUGAAUCUUAUAGCAUUGAGAUGAUUAAAGAUGUUCUUCCAGAUGCCAGCUUGGGUAGUGCAUCCUGCUUUCGACUUGUGACCUCCAAAGGUACCCUGCAGCUCCAAGCCGAGAGUCCCCUAGAGGCCAGGACUUGGAGAGAGCUUGUGCGAGCAGCCUAUCUUGAAUGGGAAGAAGACUCUGCCUUCGUACCUGGGGAUGGAAACUUUCAUAUAAAAUCGAACAUCAGGGAACAUCACCUUUUCCAGUACUUGAUGUACAUUCCAAUUGAGAGGGGUCUGGAUGCCCAGGACUUCAAAUGUGCAGGUCAGUAAACCCUCUGACGUAUCAGGUCAUGUAAAACGGAGCCUGAAAAUUUGUCAAAGUUGGCUAUUUUCCCCCUAAAACUGACGAUUAUCUUGUUAUACCAUCUUUUUUUUAUUUUUAAGUGUUUUUUUUUUUCUCCAAUUUUUUGUGAUGUAUAGGAGUUGACUAAUUAUUUUCCAUUGUAAAUUUAUUUUUUGUUUCCACUCCCUGCAGGUUGCCAAAGAAAGAUUGGUUUUCAGUUUGGAAAGGCAAAGCUUUGUGAGUUUUCGAGUCUUUAUUAUUGUGCGUCUUGUCAUCAUGAUCAACUGACCAUCAUUCCGUCUAGGAUUGUGCAUAACUGGGAUCACACGGAACGACCGGUAGGUGGCUCUUAUUCCUGUAUUGACUGACUUCUACUACCAUCAUGACACAUGAUGUCCUGCUGCUGGAAAUGAAUUCUGCUAAUUUUCUGGCCUCAAUAGAAUAAUUUAGGCUAUUAAAAUACUUUUUGAUAAUGUCUUAAAAAUGUUAUAAAAUGAUUUCUUGAACAUUUUCCUGUAAUGUUCUAUUGUAUUUUUAUUUCAUAUUUUCAUGUUUUGUAACCAAGACGGGCCUCGAAAUUAAUCAAAUAUAUUUUUUUGUCCUGUAUGCUGCAAACACAUGGUGUGAUCUCCAAGACUUAAAAACACAAUUUAAAAUGUGCUAUGCAAAAAAGCUAAAAUGGAGAAAUUACUUGACCGGAACUAUUUAAAUGGAAGUUUGUUUCUUAACAACGUCUUUCUAAAUGCUGUUUUUGUUUCUUGGAAAGAUGAACAUAUACGAAGAAACAUAUAUUCGCUACAUGUCAAAUUAGGGAUUAUUCUAGCCUCGGUGAGGGAAUAAUCUAAAUGUUAUUAAAGACAGGAGGCGAAUAUUUGCUCUACCUUCUUUACUGAAAACUAGCAAAGAAACGGUUAACAGAACUUUUCAAAACAACCAAUCAGAACAAAACAGGCAUCAGUAUAAAACCAGUGAGACAGACCUUCCCACUUCCUCUUUCUUUGAGGUCGAGCAGGAGAGCAUGAAGACCAAACGAAAACUGUAUCCGGCAAACUCAGAUGAGAAACCGCCAUAUCCAGAACAAUUUAGAUCACACUGUAAAAGAAAAGAAAACAUUGUGAAAGUAAACUGCCAUAGCAGAAUGUCACACCAUACACAAUCAGCGCAUUAGUAGACCGCAAUCUGAUAAAUAAAUGUACACUGAUCACCAAUUGUAGUAACAAAAUGUGUUUAUUAAAGGACCACUCUAGGCACCCAGACCACUUCAGCUUAAUGAAGUGGUCUGGGUGCCAGGUCCUUCUAGGGUUAACCCAUUUUUUCAUAAUUAUAGCAGUUUCAGAGAAACUGCUAUAAUUAUGAAUGGGUUAAGCCUUCCCCCUAAUCCUCUAGUGGCUGUCUCAUUGACAGCCACUAGAGGCGCUUGCGUGCUUCUCACUGUGAUUUUCACAGUGAGAGCACGCCAGCGUCCAUAGGAAAGCAUUGUAAAUGCUUUCCUAUGCGACGGGCUGAAUGCCGCGCGUGCGCAUUCAGCCGGCGGGGCGGAGGAGGCGGAGGAGGAGAGCUCUCCGCCCAGCGCUGGAAAAAGGUAAGUUUUACCCCUUUCCCCCUUCCAGAGCCGGGCGGGAGGGGGACCCUGAGGGUGGGGGCACCCUCAGGGCACUAUAGUGCCAGGAAAACGAGUAUGUUUUCCUGGCACUAUAGUGGUCCUUUAAGAGAAAUUUGUGCCAUACAUAAAAGCGCAUACGAUCGAAACCCAAUUAACAUAAAGGCAAAAACAAAUCCAAUUCCAGGGUGCACAUAUCGGGAACAGCGGUCAGUAGCGCCUUCGCCGGGUGAUGCGGAGCCUGAUCCGCCGGCCCUGUAUUCAUCCAGGAGUGCCCCUUCUUCAGGGCGGCCACCUGAUCCGGUGCCCAGUCUAGCCAGUUUGGCAGGCAUCUUGCCCUUGUCAGUGGGGGCGCAGGGGCCCAUCCAAGGCCUCUUUUGCAACGAGCCCAAGUCGGCGGAGCGUAGGGAGUCGUCAGCCAUGAUUGUACCUUUCCUCUAUUUCAGUAAAUACUAUCAGCGUGGUACCUAAAUAGGGCAGGCUGGGGGUCAUCCAGCAUGCAAGAGGGGGUCACCCAACAAGCACUAGCAUAUAAUGCAAUCGGUGGGGUCGCCCUCAGUCUUAUGCCCAGGACCCUGGUAGUCUGGCCAGCAGGGAGGGGGUCACUCAGCCCAUAACAGUGCUACAGCACAGUAGUAUAGCCCAGUAUAGGGCAGUUUAGGCAGGGAUCGUGUCCCAAUGAUACAGGAAAAAUGGGGGUCACCCCUAAUGUGGCAGGGCAGUGCAAUCCACUUGUUUGACAAUCCACCUGUUAUGGGGAAAAAAUACACAACUGCAGCACACAGAAAAAACAUUAACACAGCAGUGCAGGAAACUGUAAAUGCCCCUGGGAGGAAACCACUAACAGGCAGUCUGCACACUCCUGCCAGCCGUGGCCACAGCUACCGGGGGCACAGAGACCGGCAUGGCCACAUGGCCAGAAGCAGAGGGGCCGAGGGAGACAGAGGUCCGGGCGUCGGGAGCGCCCGGAGACCACGCGGCUCCGGCAAAAUGGCGGCCGCAAAUUGAGCGCGGCCUACCUCGCGAGAGGGGAGAUGCAGCCUUAGAAGCGGUCGGGGACCGCGUGAGAGCGGCAGGGGAUGAGAGGAGAGGGUGAGUGAGGCGGGAACCCGGGAGGGCACCGCCGGACUGAACCGCGAGAGAGGCGGCUGGAGGAAAAACCCCAGGGGGGGACCCAGAUCAAGGGAGCAGGUAGGAGAGGCAUCCCCCAAACACCCUGAACCCCGAGAUGGGUCAGAAGGUAUUACCCCAAACAGUACAAGGCACAGAAAAACUAUUAGCCAAAAAUACUGAGCAAUAACACAGCAAUGCAGAUACAUAUAAAGAAAUUACAACCCAGAGCAGAGACAACUCUGAGUUGGUGAGUGCUCACCUGGAGGCAGCAGCAAAGAAAGAGGAAGUGGGGGAGGGUCUGUCUCAGUGGUUUUAUAUGGAUGCCUGUUUUGUUCUGAUUGGUUGUUUUGAAAAGUUCUGUAAACUGUUUCUUUGCUGCUGGAGGUUUUCAGUAAAGAAGGUAAAGCAAAUAUGAAGCCUCCUGUCCUGACAUAAAAUUUGCUACCACAAGCUCAGCUACUUUCAUUUGACUCCAAUCUGUACCGUUCGUUGAUAACAUUUCCCUAAAGUUUACUGGAUUCACGAUCAACAAAUGCUUAAUUAGGUCAAUUGAAUCUGCUAUUGUAGAUCAUUCAAAUUGAAACUGAAUGGCAGCUGAAUUUACUUCCCCAAAACUGACCUUGGAGAAGAAUAUGGUUUGCAGGGAUUUUGGGAUCGGUUAUUGGGUGUAUCAUAAUAGAUCUUGGUUAUAUGCACAAUUCUACAGCUUUCAGUUAGAAUCAACCAGAAGUAAGGAAUUCCAUUGCAUUUUGAGUAUUUGCGAUUAAUUGACUCGGUCAAGUUCUGCGGGGAUUUGGCUGAUUUUUAACACCUAACCAAGCGGAAGCACAGUUUAGGUAGAAAUACCCAAAUUUGCAUUUUCUGAAUAGCUCAAUGUGCAACAUUUGUGACAUCGCUGCAUACAACUGCUGUAUUCAGCAUUUGGUAAUUUAGUAAAACAUUUUUUAACCUUGGUAACAUAGAAUGUGACAGCAGAUGAAAACCAUCUGCCGUUCUAGUCUGCCCAAUUUUCUAAAUACUUUCAUUAGUUCCAGGCCUUAUCUUAUAGUUAGGAUAGCCUUAUGCCUAUCUCACGCAUGCUUAAACUCCUUCACUGUGUUAACCUCUACCACUUCAGCUGGAAGGCUAUUACAUGCAUCCACUACCCUCUCAGUAAAGUAAUACUUCCUGAUAUUUAUUGUUAAACCUUUGAACCUCUAAUUUAAGACCAUGUCCUCUUUUUUUUCUUCUUUUCUAUAUAGUCUCCUCCUUUACUGUGGAGAGAUGUGACUUUCUAGUAAAACUUGGUUGUGGGGGGAAAAAAAUACAACUAAAUAGUAGUACUUCUAAUUUAGACAAGGUUUUCAGAUUUAGAGUUCGAUAUAUUGUCGCCAUUCUUCUCCUCUAUUCCAGACUAUCGUUCACAUUAUUGUGAAGAUAAUAUAUAUUGUGUGUGUUUUAGUUGAGAGAUUUUUCUUGAACUGUGGGGAUUAUAUUGCUUUGUGUCUUAAUAAAGAGAAGACGAGACUGAAAGCAUUCUUAUACCUUCUUAAUGUGUCUUUUGGUUUGUUUUUGUUUUUUCCCAGGUAUCCGUACAAGCAAUGAACUUCCUGAGUAUGGUGGAAAAUGAGCCCCUAUUUAACGUGCAGUACUUAAACGAGCAGCUCUAUAGCCACACGGGGGUUAUGCAUGAGCUGAAAUACGACAGAGAGCGGCUACGGCUGUUAGCGGAGUUUCUGAUAACUUGUCGCAGUGGCGCGAUAGACCAUCUGAACAAGAGGUGAGAGAUUUGCCUUAUUCUGUAUAUUGACCUUCAUGAGUGCUUGUGAAAAUAGGAAUAUAAAGUGAUAGCACAAGUGAGGAGAACAGUUAGAUUGUCCAGGAUGGAUAUUAUCUCACAGGAUGACUUAACAUUAGUCUCUUGUCUCUGUUUUGGUAGACUUUGAUUCAUCAUAUGUUUUGAUCUUCAAAAGCAAGUAAAGGGCAGAUGUUUUUAAAAAUGAACUUUCUAAAAGUUUGUAAAAUUGUUUCGACAUGGGUUAGUUCUCUUUGGUUUAAGGCAGGGGUUCCCAAACCAGAGGUCCCCCUCACCAGUCCAGGAUGUAGAGAUUACCCUGUUGAGGUAAGGUGUUUUUUGUCUUUUUUUUUUUUUUUGUUUUUUCGUUUUCUAAAAAUACCUUAAGUCACAACUUGUUAAUUUCUCAAUCCUGGACUGGUGGGAGGAAGGAGGGGUGAGGACUGGCUUGGGAACCACUGCUUUAAGGGUUACUCCGACCUCCAUGACUUCUUCUGCCUAUAGAAGUGGUGAUGGAGCAUGGAAUCGAUAUGUACAGUGCUUCUGCUUGAAUCGCUGCUUACACAGAUGUAUCAGCAAUUUUGUGCCGUUGUCUAGUCGUACCCACAACACACGUUACUUAGGCCACCCAACAAUGCUUGCUAUUUAAUAGUGUAUAUAUUUUUUGCAAAAUCUAUAAUAGAGUAUUUUUUUAUUUUAUUUAUUUUUUAUUUUUUUUAUUUUUUUAGAGCAGAGCUCACAUCUCCUGCCCCAGUCUUAUUCUUGCUUAUUUAACUGUGUGGUCACAUAAUUGCUUUUUAUAUAAUCUAAAAAGCGUGCACAAAUGCCUGCCAGCAACCGCACAUUAAUUCAGUUUUUUAUUUUAUUUUUUUUCUCCCCCUAUAUCCUUUUUCAGAUGUAUAACAUUUUCACUUGUUUAUACUCUGUGCUUGAUCACCACCUAGUGACCAUUUAAUAAAUUGCAGUGUUCCUUUUAGCUAGUUCCAUCCUGAACAGCUGGCCUGCUUUUGAAAGAUAUUGCAUGUGGCUGAACCACGUGCAGAAACAAGUCAUACUUUGUGCAUUUAGCAAUCUAUAUUGGCAGCAUUUUAAGGAACAUUCUGAUAUUCUAGCUCUUUAUUUUAAUUUUUUUUAUUUAUUUUUUGAUAGUGUUUAUAGUUUUCUUUUUCUCUUUUUUUUUAUAGGCUGAAUCAUCGGAACUACCUUUUGGACUGUAUUCAUACCUACAGUAUGCUAGAUUUGAAGCAGGUAUGGUAGAUUUGGGGAUUUUUGUGUCAUGGAUAGCACUUCCUAACAAGCAGUUAUUUAUCUUUAUAUUUUUGUGGGGGUGGGAGGGUGCAUGUAUAUUCAGAGAAAAUGCAGCGUUUAGAUUACAGCCUAGAGAACUCCACUGGCCACUCCUCAGAUGGCUGCUAGUUGCUUCCUGUGUCAGUGCUGCACAGUGUGACUGACAUUUAAUGUCUCCACCCUCUGCAUGCACACUGAACUUUCCUCAUAGAGAUGCAUUGAUUAAAUGCUUCUCUAUUAGAAGCUGCUGAUUGGGCAGGGCUGUGUUUGGCUUGUGCUGGCUCUGCCCCUGAUCUGCCUCCUUGACCGUCUCAGCCAAUCCUAUUGGGAAAGCAUGGUGAUUGGCUCAGAGAAUCCCUUCUGAUGAUGUCAGUCAAGCAGGCAGAUCAGGGCAGAGCCAGCAACUGCAGACUUGAACAAAAUAAGAUUUUACUACAUAUAGUGUCUCAAAAGGGUGGGCGGGACUAGAUGUUGGAUUUAACACCAUAGGGUCAGGAAUAGGUUUGUGUUCCGGUCUCUUUAGUGUUCCUUUAAAGUCCAAGUCUGACUAAAACAUUUCUCGGUUAACCCUAUGCGGGUACUCUUGUGCUGGCAUACAGCAUCUUUUCCCACUACCCUGGCCACGCAAGUAUGCCUUUCAUUUGAUUUAAAUGGGGCUUAAGAGUGGCAGUACCAUUACAAAUUAUUGGCUUGCCUAUGUCUCGGAGUGUAUCAAUCACCUUGGGAACCAAUUGAAUAAUCGUGACAGUUUGUCUAUUUGUUGGUGUUAAGUUUCAGGUAUCUGCAACACUGUAGGUUGAUAGGAUCUAUUUCUUCAGACCUUGCUUGGUGUACUUAUGCCCAUGUGAGCGGAUCCUGAAUGCCUUUGCCAUUCUGGAUUUAUAUAUAACUCAGGAUUCCAUGUAUUUGCAAUCCAAACCUUGAUAUCGUUCUUUGCCUGCAGGUCACAACUGGUGUUUUUGAAAGAAUCAUGCAAACCGUCUUGGAGUUUGCCAGCGACCAUAUCUUCGAGUGCAUGCUGUGCAGUCAGAAAGGUUUUAUCUGCAUGAUCUGUAACAAGGAUGAGAUCAUCUACCCAUUCCAGCUAGAAACGACGACAAGGUCAGGCUAUGAGAAAACGUAUGCCGUGAAAUGGCCAUUAUUUUUAAUGGGAACGUGCACAAUUUUUGUUGGUGACUUGGAGACUCGUUGUGUUUUUUUUUUUUUUGUGUGUAUAGAAUCUAUAUCUUAAUGUAUGCUAGUGGCAAGGAUCUCUGCCCUGUUCAUUUUAGAGGUGGGUUUAUCUUUUCUUUUUAUGGGUAAGGCCAUUUCAUUCUGCCUACGGCUUGUCCUGAUAGAGAAAGGUCUACGGUCAACAGAAGCUUAGAAGACAUUAAGACAUUAAAUAGAAAUUACUUGGAAAUUAACACAGUAUGAAUGUGUGCUUAACCCUUUCAAGGUGCACUCGAUUUGUUGGAGAGGUUUAUAAUCUUUGUUGUACGUACUACCGGGCUUACAGACACCUAAGUACACUCUUUGUUUUUUCAUAGGUGCGGAGACUGUAAAGCCGUAUUCCACCUGUACUGCAAGACUGGUAAGAAGCCGUGUCCCCGUUGUAAGAAAAGAAAGAGCAGACAGAAUCAAUGUAUUAAGAUGUGAGUCUGGGACGGAUCUUAAGGAAACAUUAUUAUUUUUUUUCUGAGCUGAGUAGACGACAUUGUUUCCCACAGUGGAUCUGCUGAUCUCAAGAAGCCCAAAGACACCUGGCUCGUGGUGUUGCCUGGAGGAGAGUAAUCUGACUGUAUUUCCCCAGAUAGACAUUCGGGCUACUUGUCCUCUGGUAAAGCCUGAUCUUCCUAUCACAAUUUGCACAUUAAGAAAUUGUUUUUCCUUUAUAAUACAAAGAGGGCACGAUUCCUCUUGACAUAUAGAAGGAUUAAGAAUGUCGGGCCACAUUAUCUCUAUCUGCAACCUUUUGCCAUCGACCAGAUAACUGUACAUGUAUAUGGAUAGACUGUGCAGAAGCGGACUACGGAACAGUUUUUCUGCUGUUUUAUUGAAUUGCUGCACAUGCUGAUAUAUCAGUUUGGCAAAGGAAUGUUAAUGUGGAGUGCGCUACAGAGUUUCCGGAAGCUGCUAAAGUAAUUUCAUCUGUAAUUAGAGGAAGUGAUUCUUCAGUGGAAACUAUUUUUAAAAAAUGUUCCCCCCCGAGUCCGAGUGGGCAAUUAAUGGCCUCUCCUGAGGAUGUUGCACAUUGACAAAAAUGAGUACAUUGAAGUGUCAACUAAAUCUAACAAUUCACCUUUUCUCAUGAUUGGGAUGGUCUGUUGCAUCUCACCUCUUGCCUAUGGAAUGUUACAUGGUCUUAGGUUCAGGAGGAACUUUUAAUUUUAUUUAUAUAUAUAUAUUUUUUUUGUUUUUUUACUUCCUCUCUACAACAUAAAUGGCCAUGUUCUAUUUGUGUAUAUAUGUGUGUUUGUUUUUUGUUUUUCUGUAGCUAAGCAACUGUGGAAUCCUCAUGCAUCGGGCUACUCUUGGCCAGAUAUUAUUUUGAAGAGUGAAACCACUGUAGAGAAUCUCUAGAUCGAUGAAGUUAGCUUUCCCAUCUACUGUACUUCUCUAUGGAGGUUUGCUUCCAUAGUUGGCAAGACUUCCAGUAAUUCAAAUUGCUGGAUACGGCAUCCGCAAGGUUGGGUAUAACUGCAUAAUUACAGAAACAAGGAUGAGCCAUAACACUGGUCAGUUAUAAAAGAAGGGUUAUAUUAAAAAAAUAAAAAAAAUACUCUUUGAUGUGUUUCACAAUAAUGGUGCCAAAAUAAAAUGGAGGACAAUGCUACUUACUGUUGGAACCUUGGCGUUGUGUAACAUUUGAGCCACAAUGUCUGACGUGCUAUUUCUCUAUUUUGCCGUUUUUUUUCUUUUUCUAAGCAAAAUGGGAUUUGUUUUGUUUGUUGGUUUUUAAAGCUUGGGUGAUAUUCUUUCUAUGGUCUUCCUUUUAAUUUAACCAAUCACCUCCAAGAAUUGAACCCAUCUCCCCCGACUGCCAGGCCAUCCCUGAGCAGUUUAAUGGUGAGCUGUAUUCUAGCAUCUACUCAUGCCAAGUAACUUGUCCCUUACUUUGGAAACAAAUAGAGAUAUAUAUAUAUAUAUCCCCAGGGUGAGAAGUUGGGGUUUCUAACAUGACUUAUUUUUAUACAUUUAUUAAAAAACAAUUAAAUGUAAUGUUUGUGCAGAGAGUUGACCGAUUAAUUGCUGCUGUUGCUAUGACUGACCUUGUGCCUUUUUACUGAUUAAACCCAGUGUCUGAGAUAGGUGGAUGUAACGGCAUUGCUCUCUUAUCCUUUCAUCAACAAAUUUAUAUAGAUUCCGACUAUAAAUACUGUCCUGAGUGUUUCUUACAGUUAAUAUUUAUUACUUGAAAUGAGGUGCAAAGCAAUGACUGAGUGCAAGGAGAGUCAAAAGCACCACUUUUAAGGAUAUAUGGGUUUACUUGGGCCAGUGUGUCAAUAUUUUGUGUGUAUAUAUUUUUCUGUUUUUUUUCCAUUUGCUUAAUUAGUGAUUUCCUUUUUAAUUGUGGUCUAGCCGUGGCUCCUUAUGCACAUUAAUGCAGUGAUAUUUAAAAUAUUACUGCUCUAUAGAAUUUUGCUAAUUUUUUUUUUUGUUUUGUUAUGUUACAUUGUGCUUGCUCACUACAGUAUUACACAUUUUCUCCCUGAUUAUAUUUUUGAGAAAGCACUAGAGUUGUGCAUUCAGAGUGCAAUUGUUUUGCAGUUCGUGCAUUAAGAAUAGCUGAUCUCAACAUGCUCGGGCAGAGUAUGUGUCCAGUCACUUUAUGGAGUGUAUCACAGAAAAUUCUGUACAACAGGGUGAACCAAAAUAUAGAUUUCCAGGUAUUGCAGGACUAUAUUAAAGAGACGCUAUAGUCACCAAAACAAUUUUAACGUAAUGCAGCAGUUAUAGUGUAUAGAUCAUGCCCCUGCAGUCUCACUUCCCAAUGAUCUGCCAUUUAGGAGUUAAACUUUUAUUUCAGUUUAUGCAGUACUUGCCACACCUCACCUGGCUGUGACUUCACACAGCCUCCAUGAAAAACAUUAUUUCAUUUUCAAUAAGAUGUAACUUACUUUAGAACUUUUUAUCUCCUGCUCUUCUAAAUUGAACUUUAAUCACAUACAGGAGGCUCCUGCAGGGUCUAGCAAGCUAUGAACAAAGCAAAAGAAAAGAAAUUCUAAAUUAAACUGACUGUGCAAUAAAGGAAGUGUAAACUUUAGAUGACGUUUUACAGGAAGUGUUUUGGAAGGCUGUGCAAGUCACAUGCAGGGAGGUGUGACAAAGGUUCAUAAACAAAGUGAUUUAACUCCUAAAUGGCAGAGAAUUGAGCAAUGAGACUGCAGGAGCAUUAUCUAUACACCAAAACUGCUUUGUCAAGCUAAAGUUGUUUUGGUGACUGUAGUGUCCCUUUAAGGCUGGCCAAGUCUGUUGCCUAAUGGAUGUUGUAGUUCUGCAGAACCUGGAGAUCUGUGUUUGAUUCUCCCCUACUAUAGUAGACUUCUAGAAACUAAUUUGGAUGUUUUUUUCUCCCCACCCUCAAGACUUCUUGUGAUUAUUGGGAAUAUUUUCUAGAAUUAAAUAAUUUUCAAAAAUGAUGAAAGGUAUUGCUUUCAGGAUCUGAAUAGUCCAUGUACAAAAGUGGGUUUUCUUUGGUUCACUUUGACUCUAGAGUUAGAAUUUGACAAGUUUAAUAUUCUUCCUAAUAUGUGCCAAAAUUCAGUAAGUGUGUUUAUUUUGAUCAUGUACAUUGUAACGUUUGAUCCUUUUGAUUGUUAAUAAAAAAUGUCCAACUCCUAAAUUAUUCUUGCAAUAAAGAACUCCUUAAAAUA